AUGGUCAAUUAUAAAAAUCAACUAAAUUUUGUCCAUCGUAAUCAGAUAUGGAGUGAUCAUAUCUUAGCGGAGAGGGGAGCCGCUAAAAGAUGGCCAGAGACGUGGGGCUUUUUGACAGGAGGAGGCUUCAAGGCAUUGAUUGAUGACGAAAGAGAAAAGAGGAGGAAAGAAAUGGAGAAAAAAGGUCAUGCAGGAGGUAUAGAUGUUGUUAAGCUACCCCCAAUCCAAAAUAAGGUUCAGUCUAAAUCGGCGAAGCCCUUUCCGAAAACUACCUCUCAGGAAGUUGGCCAUCGAUCUACGCAAGGCCAAUGCAAUCUAGAGAUUUAUGGUCGUUACGCACCAAAUGCGAGAGGCUACGGUGGUUUAUCUAAAAUGCUGAAAUGGCCACCAGAAGCAUGUUACUAA